AUUGCUGGGAAGAAGACGGAGGUUGGGACUUUGGAGGGGAAGGCAUAGGCACAGCCACUAUCAAGAGGAAUCAUCCUGAUCAGGACCAGAGUCCCUUUCUCACUUUAACAACCCAGGACGAGGUUCCUGUGUGAGCUUGAAGAGAAGAAAUUUGAUACGUCCGCAUCUGCACCGUCUGGACAUCAUGAUGGAAGAGGACAUCAUCGAGGACCGGGCCAAGCUGAAGCAGGGCCUGGUCAAAGUGCUCCAGUGUGUGGCCACCAUCUCCUCAGCAGCAGCUGUGGUUAACCCCAUUUUUGGCGUGGCCGGUUCCCUGAUCCGGGUGGUGCUGCACCACGUUGAUGACGAAGACAUCCCCCUGAAGCGUGAGUUCGGCUCAGUCAACCGGGCGCUGGACCAGCUGUCCCAGCUGAAUCGCAACACGCUGGUACAGAUCAAGAAAGAAACACUGGAUGGCCAGUACUGUCGCGUGGAAGAGAACCUGAAGAACCAGUUCAAAAAGUUCAUGGAGAUGGUGGAGGCACGGCCAGAGCACCGCGAGCGCAAGAAGGAUGACUUCGAGGUGAGCUAUUCCAAUGACUUGGGAGACCAGAACCUCCACACGCUCUACGACGGCGUGGUGGGCAAACCGAAGCUCUUCAGCAGACCGAUCCUGGAGGUCUACCUGAAGCACUCGCAAGGCGACCGCCCCACUAUGGAGCGACUCUGCACACGCCUCACCUACCUGUUCUGCAUCGGCCUCAUUGCCCUCAUGGGCUACGCCGCCAUCAUCGGAGACGACGAGGAGGGUCUGAGUGAGGAGUGGGCCGAGAAGAUGGAGAACGUGCAAGAGAAGAUGCAGGAGGCUCUUCGCAAGUGCAAAUGAAGAAGAAGAAGCAUGAAGAAGAGCUUUUUUCCCCCUCCACUGCUGCUUUUGCUUCAUAUUCAGGACUCACAUGUCCACAUUCCCUCUGUAAUUCCUUCCUCUUAGCUUUUUCUCUCCCUAUAAGCACUUUGUAAGCAUCUACAGUAUGUUCACUGCUUGAAAGUCCAGUGAUAAUAAUGACCAACAAUAUGUCUCAUGCGCUUCCAAACACAAACUUGCUGCAUAUGCAGGCGGUCUUUGAGCCACAGGCAUGUAUUUUCUGUCCAGGUUGAGGUAAAUUAUUGAACAAUAUUUGCCUAGUUAUGUGAUAAAUCUGGAUAAGACUGCAGUGGUUGCAACUGAUACAGAACACUUUGAGCCGUGGGAUCAUUACAAUUCAUCAUUCUCUAUAGGCAAAAUUUGAGCCAUCAAUGUAAGGAAAUUACAUGCUAUAUAUCAUCCGAAAUAACACUCACACCAAUAUAUCUGUUUGGAACUAAACAUUAUCUAUAAAUCAGGCGUUAACAUAAAUGUACCUUGGUCCCAGCUUCAGUGAUAUUGCAAUGUAUCCCGCCCAUUAUGCACCUUUGGAAAAUAUUUUCCAUUUAUUGUAGUUUUUUGAAAUUACAUGUAUUACACUACAAGUAAAUCAGUUUGUUGGAAUGUGCAAUUAGCCUGGCUAAAACCUCAAUAUUGGAGGCAACUGUAUAAAGUUUAAAGGGGAGCAGGAAACAAGCUUAUGCUGCUGUCAAAUGUAGCUCCACUAGAGGGCCUAUUUCUUAUGUUAUGCCAUUGAUGUAAUAACUGCUAUAAGACAGACUUUGUUUGCCAAACAAAGGAAAUUAAGUUGUCAGCCAAGUUAUAACUAUAAUCUACAAUAUAAAAAAGGUAAGCAAAACCAAAACAAGUAACAAACAUCCCAACGUUUUCAGAGCUAUGAAUGUAACUACACCAGUAUCAUCAUAUAAUCAUUAUCAUAUACUACAAAUGAUCAUACUGCCAUGUGCAACUUAACAAAAUAUGUGCCACAGAUAUUGUAUAUUUUUUAUGCAUGGAGUUCAUAGACUGCAUACUUGUUGCUGUCGAGUACCAAAUUGAAUCUAACUACACUAAUUUCUCAUGCUGCUGUACUGAGUUCUUUAUUUUUCUUUACUCUAAGUGAACAUUUGCAGUUAGAGAAUUGAAAACACUAACAGUACACAAUCAAUCUGAUUUGUUGUAACACUACUCUGCUCUGGCAAAAUGAACUCUUCACCACAGCAGGAUACACUAAAUAUAAUUUGCUAUUUAUAAAAGGUUAAUAAUAACCUUUGGGUUGGCUUAAUAUGUGCUUCCAUUUUCACUACCCAUAUUUGUUUUAUCUUUAUUCUAUACACAACUGAGGUAUUUGACUUUUUAAAUGUGGUAUCAUAGGAAGUCAUAAUGUCACUGGAUGAAUCCUUCCACUCUUGACUUGUUCAAUUCUGUCACUCUUAUUUUCUAUUUGAUGUGUCUUAUUGCCAAAAUAGCAAUGCAGAAGGUGAAGUGUUAAUGUAAUAUAUUAAUAAAAUGCUCAAUGGUUUCUUUGAUGUAUGGCCAUUUAGAGCCUGUGAAACAUUUAAUGCCCAUUAUUUGAGUUUUGUUUGUUUUUUCACAGUUAAGUCUCAGCAUCAAGAUAAAGGUUUUGGCUCUCCGUGCUCUUCUAAUACACUUCCUCAUCUGACCAACAGUACCUAGAUGUGCCGUUGUAUUGUUGUAUUUUCUUUUAAGGGUUUUUGUUUUAAGCAUCAUUUGUGUGUAAGGCAUUAUGUUUUGAAAGGUCUAUACGCUACAGUUUAUAUUUUCAACUUGCAGGUUAAAAUGUUUGUAAAUGUGUCUUUUUUGUUUUAGCAAACGGGUGGUAUCAGUAGUACCGAUAUUCUUUUCAUAUUCUGCACAGGUCUAGCCUGUUUUACUUGCAUCCUUUCAAUACAUAACUCUGUCCUAAACAUGUUUAUGUUUCUGUGGCAUUGUGCCAUCUCUCUUAUUGUUACAACAGAUUCAGUAUAUGCUACAUAUAUAUAGUCAAAAUGCUGUUGAUAUGGAAGAAUAUUAUAUGAACCACUUAAAGGCUUUUUUUAAUUGUCAUAUAUGUGAAUAUGUUGCCUCUUUUGUUAAGAAUCUUUGAUGCCUGGUUGUACAUGUACCACUAUAAAUAAACAUGAGUGAUACUGA